AUGAGAAUUUGCGAAAGACUUUAAUACCUCAUAGGAGUUGGGUAUUACACCCAUUCUAUUAUAGAACAUCACUAUUCACAAUACAUACUCUUUGGCACUAUAAUACUCCUACUGGUGUUAGGAUAUAUUAUAGAAGGGCUAAGAAUGCACCAGUUCCCCUUCAUCCUGGGAUUUUUAGUUUAAGGCAUUGUGUUCCUGAUCAAUGGCUCAAACAUAGUGGUUGACAUAAUAGGCCUUAUAUUUACAUCCUUUUCAGUUGUACUACUGGUAUUAUUUGGAGAGGUCACAUUCAACAGAUCUAAAGCAAUUGGUCCCUAUGAAGUUGGAUAUAAGGAAUUUAAGACUUAGAAAUACGAUAAUGCAGUGUCAGUUUACUAUCCAAUAAAUAAGGAUCACCACAAGCGAAUGGUAGGCAGAAAUAAUGUCAGUUGGCUCAGAGAUGGUGAUAAAACUUUGCUAGGUAUAGCUAAGGCAAGCGGCUCUUAUGGUUCAGAUAAGCACGUCUCUAUCCAAGUUUUCAGGCACCUUAGAAAAGUAAUGAUGAAUGUAGUCUAGAAUGGUGAAAUAGACGUGGAUUUCUAUAACAAGCCUAUUAUUCCUUUAGUUUACUGCCAUGGCCUGAGUUCAAACAGAACUAUGCAUAGUGGCACUUGCAAAGACCUAGCCAGCAGUGGUUAUAUGGUAUUCAUAUUGGAUCAUAAAGAUGGGACUUCUUCAUAUACUUAUGACAAAGAUGGUAAAGAGAACUAUUAUCACAGUAGAGAUCUCGCUUAUGAUUAUGAGCUCAGAAGGACAUAAAUGAAGAUCAGAGAGCAAGAAAUAGAAGCACUUAUAGAUGAGAUUUAUGAUUAAGAACAGCUGCUGCAAAAUCAGCUUAAGUUUCCAAAGCAAAUAAAACUAGAUCUUGACAAGUUUAUCUGCAGUGGUCAUUCAUUCGGUGGUAUUACAGCAAUAUCGGUAUCAAGAGCUGAUGCAAGAGUUAAGGCGUGUUUUACUCUUGAUCCGUGGCUUUAUGCUUAUCACAAGGAAAUCAAUGCUGGAGAGUUCUUUCUCGAGAAACCUUAUAUGACCUGCUCAAAUGAACUCUUUCAUCCUGUGUGUUUAUUUGAAAGCUGGAACACCCUUAAGGACUUACAUAAAUAUACCAAAGAUCAGAGAUAGGAAAAUGUAGUGUUUAGACAUGCAGGACAUCUUCACUAGUGCGAUUUAAUAUCUCUGAUUCCAAUGGAGCUCUAUGUCUUGGCAGGGUGGAGACCUAGGACUGGCAAUGAUUAGAUCUAUCAGGCUUACUCCAUGCUCUGCCUUAGCUUCCUCUCUAGAAUAGGCUUCAGCAAUAAUACCUUUGAUGCCACGAGGUAUGAAAAGAAAUUAUCAUCAAUGGAGAGAUAAUUCAUAAGAUACGAUAUCAGAUAUGGUGAUUAUGAACUUUAAGAAUACAAGCCUCCAGCAAUCAAGAUAUGA